AAGAGGCAGAAGUGGAUGUGAGAGACAGACACACACAGAGACACAGAGAGCGAAAGAGGGCAAGAGACUUGACUUUAAGAGACUCCUGCACUGACAACUCCAUGCAGUUCGGAACAAGAACGGCAGCGACCGACUCUGGUUUCAUGGGGACAUGGCAGAACACUGACACUAACCUCUUAUUCAGAAUGUCCCAACAGGCCAUCCGCUGUACACUGGUAAAUUGCACAUGUGAAUGUUUUCAGCCAGGGAAGAUUAACCUGAGAACCUGUGAUCAGUGUAAACAUGGCUGGGUGGCACAUGCCCUGGACAAGCUUAGUACUCAGCAUCUCUACCACCCAACCCAAGUGGAGAUUGUGCAGUCCAAUGUUGUGUUUGACAUCAGCAGCCUGAUGCUCUAUGGUACUCAGGCUGUGCCUGUGAGACUGAAGAUACUACUUGAUCGACUCUUCAGUGUACUGAAGCAAGAGGAGGUGUUGCAUAUUCUACAUGGCUUAGGCUGGACACUUCGGGACUAUGUUCGAGGCUACAUCCUUCAGGAUGCUGCAGGCAAGGUGCUGGACCGCUGGGCCAUCAUGUCCAGGGAAGAAGAGAUCAUUACCCUUCAGCAGUUCCUGAGAUUUGGAGAAACGAAAUCCAUCGUGGAGCUGAUGGCAAUUCAAGAAAAAGAAGGGCAGGCUGUGACUGUGCCAUCUUCAAAGACAGAUUCAGAUAUAAGGACUUUUAUUGAAAGCAAUAAUCGCACCAGGAGCCCAAGUCUCCUUGCUCACCUGGAGAAUAGCAACCCUUCCAGCACCCAUCAUUUUGAAAACAUCCCGAAUAGCCUUGCAUUCAUCACAAAUGUUGAGCCCAAAACUGAGCCGGCCUGCGUCUCUCCUGUUCAGACACCUACACCUGUCAAUGAUUUAUCAAAAACAGAACACACUAAAAGCUCAUUCCGCAUCCACAGAAUGAGGAGAAUGGGGUCGGCCUCCAGGAAAGGAAGAGUCUUUUGCAAUGCGUGUGGCAAAACUUUCUAUGACAAAGGUACUCUUAAAAUCCACUACAAUGCUGUUCACCUGAAAAUCAAGCACCGGUGCACUAUUGAGGGCUGCAACAUGGUCUUCAGCUCUCUCAGAAGCCGCAAUCGCCACAGUGCUAACCCCAACCCCCGCCUCCACAUGCCUAUGCUAAGGAAUAACCGCGAUAAAGAUCUAAUUCGUGCUACAUCAGGUGCUGCCACUCCGGUCAUAGCAAGUACAAAAUCCAACCUAACUUUAACAAGCCCUGGGCGUCCACCAAUGGGGUUUACCACUCCCCCUUUAGAUCCUGUACUACAGAACCCUCUUCCCAGUCAGCUGGUGUUCCCGGCUUUAAAGACUGUCCAACCUGUUCCUCCUUUUUACAGAAAUUUACUUACUCCUGGAGAGAUGGUGAGUCCUCCAACCUCACUCCCUACCAGUCCAAUAAUACCAGCAGUGAGUGGCAUGGAACAGCAUCCCCCUCCUCCUUCAGAGUCAUCAGUACCUUCGGUGCUGAUGACCACCCCAGAGCCUAAUGCUGACCUCGCCCCCAAGAAGAAGCCAAGGAAGUCAAGCAUGCCAGUUAAAAUUGAAAAGGAAGUUAUCGAUACUGCCGAUGAGUUUGAUGAUGAAGAUGAAGAGGUGAACGACAGCAGCACAAUGGUGAAUGACAUUGGUCAUGACAAUCACUGUCAUUCUCAGGAGGAAAUGAGCCCAGGCCUGUCUGUGAAAGACUUUUCCAAAAGUGACAGAAGCAGAUGCAUUUCCAGACCAGACAUAAGAAGGGCAGACAGCAUGACAUCCGAGGACCAGGAGCACGAGAGAGACUAUGAAAAUGAGUCAGAGUCAUCAGAGCCCAAAUUGUGUGAGGAAUCCAUGGAAGGCGAUGAUCGCCUCCAUGAACCUGGUGAAAAAUCUAUGAUGCACAGUGACAGACCAGAUGAAAACCACAAUGACUCUUCCAACCAGGAUGUCAUUAAGGUGAAGGAAGAGUAUACAGACCCUACAUAUGAUAUGUUCUACAUGAGCCAAUAUGGACUGUACAAUGGAGGCAGUGCCAGUAUGGCUGCCCUUCAUGAAAGUUUCGCUUCUACAUUCAACUACAGCAGCCCUCAGAAGUUCUCCCCAGAAGGUGAAAUGUGCUCCAGCCCAGACCCCAAGAUCUGCUAUGUGUGCAAGAAAAGUUUCAAGAGCUCCUACAGUGUGAAGCUUCACUACAGAAAUGUUCAUUUAAAAGAGAUGCAUGUCUGCACAGUGGCUGGCUGUAAUGCUGCGUUCCCAUCACGGAGAAGCAGAGACAGACACAGUGCUAACAUAAACCUGCACCGUAAACUGUUGACCAAAGAACUGGAUGACAUGGGCCUGGACACUUCACAGCCUUCUCUUAGUAAGGACCUCCGCGAUGAAUUUUUGGUGAAGAUAUAUGGCGCUCAGCAUCAGAUGGGGCUUGACAUAAGGGAAGACACCUCCUCGCCUGCUGGUACUGAGGAUUCCCAUAUGAAUGGGUACGGCAGGGGCAUGUCGGAAGACUAUAUGGUCCUAGACCUGAGCACCACUUCCAGCAUCCAGUCCAGCAGCAGUAUCCAUUCCUCAAGAGAAUCUGAUGCAGGAAGCGAUGAGGGCAUUCUCCUGGACGACGUUGAUGGGGCAAGUGACAGCGGGGAAUCUGCCCACAAGGCAGAUGCCCCUGCCUUAGCUGUAGGUAUGGGCACCGAUGUCCCAGGAUCCCUCAUGUUCAACAGUGUUUCAGUGAGCAACGGUGGGAUAAUGUGUAACAUUUGCCACAAAAUGUACAGCAACAAGGGAACUCUCAGAGUGCACUAUAAAACAGUGCACUUGCGAGAGAUGCACAAAUGCAAAGUCCCUGGGUGCAACAUGAUGUUCUCCUCUGUCCGUAGCCGAAACCGGCACAGUCAGAACCCCAAUCUGCAUAAAAACAUUCCCUUCACUUCAGUAGAUUAG